AACUUAAACACACACUAACAACACUACACCUAUCCCCACCCCAAGACAAUCCCUUUCUUCUCCCCUUUCUCCAACACCUACCAAAAGCCUUUCUUUCUCUCUAAACACUAAUCUCUCCCUUUCUCUCUCUAGUUCUUGAUUUUUUUUUCAAGAUUUAAAGAACACACAUGGCUGACCAAAGUGGUGGGCUGGUUAUGAUGAGAGAGUACAGAAAAGGGAACUGGACACUAAAUGAGACGAUGGUUCUCAUUGAAGCCAAGAAGAUGGACGAUGAGAGGCGGAUGCGGCGGUCCAUCGGCCUUCCGGCGCCGGAACACUCACAUGAUAGCCAAAGUAGUAGUGGUAACAAACCGGCGGAGUUACGGUGGAAAUGGAUAGAAGAUUACUGUUGGAGGAAAGGUUGUAUGAGGAGUCAGAAUCAGUGUAAUGACAAGUGGGACAAUCUCAUGAGAGAUUACAAAAAGGUAAGAGAGUAUGAGAGAAGGAGGGUAGAGUCGUCUUUUGCCGCAGAGUCUUCAUCUUCAGCUGCUGCGGAGACGGGGACGUAUUGGACGAUGGAGAAGAGUGAGAGGAAAGAGAGGAACUUACCGAGUAACAUGUCGCCUCAAAUAUACCAAGCGCUGUUUGAUGUGGUGGAGAGUAAAACGCACCCUUCUUUGAUCGCCGCAACCACUGUAACCGCAGCAGUCGCUGCUGCAGCAGCAAGUGGAAACAGUUCGGGCGGUGGACUACAAAUCCAAAAAAUGAUACAACAACGACAACAAGGUUUAGGAUUUGUUCAGAUACAUCAAAUGAUUCAGCCUCAUGUUUUAUUACCUCUCCAGCCGCAGCCGCCGCCACCGCCCCCACCUCCACCGUCUCAAGCGCUGCAACCACGACCGCUAAUUUUGUCACCUCCUCAACCGCCUUCUUUUCAUGCGCAGCCAAUACUGCCCACAGAUACUAGCUCAGAUUCUGAUACGAGUGAGCAUCCAGACACAUCUCGGGCGAAGCGAAGGAGAACAGUUCCGACAACAACCGCCGGUCCAAGCGGGGCCGGCAUAGAUAAUGCAGAAACGGAGGAAGGUGAGACUGUAGUGGCUGCUGCGUUUUCCAGAAGUGCGUCUCUAAUCGCAAACGCGAUAAGGGAGAGUGAGGAGAGACAAGAACGGAGACAUAAAGAAGUCAUGAGCUUAGAAGAGAGGAGACUGAUGAUCGAAGAAUCAAAUGUUCAGAUUAACAGAGAAGGAAUGAAUGGAUUAGUGGAAGCCAUUAAUAAGCUCGCGAGCUCCAUUUUCGCUUUGGCUUCUUCUUCUCACCAUAAUAAUCAGCAGCAAGGAGGUCCAUCAUAAUAUCAUAAAUUUGUUAAUUUGAUUAGGGAAGUGAUUUAAGUACGUAAAGUGGUAUUUAAGUUUUAUUCUUCCUUUGAAGUAAAUGAAUUUGUGAAUCCAUGCAAUAUUAAUUAAAAUAUGAUUGUUGAUUACUACUAUACCUGGUUAAAAUCAGAAUUCUCGUAUCAUAAGG